UUUUGAAUGCGUUUAUUAUUUUAAUAUUAGUUGUUUAUAAUGGAAAGUGAUAUACUGGAUGGACUGGAUCAAGUCGGCUACUGUAAAGCACUGGACGAGAAAGAACUUACAACAGCUUGUGAACAGGGGUUCAACUCUCAGGAGUUUAUACAUCUGUGUUCAUGGUUAUUGUCAAAACUUCACAAAGACUACGAGGGUCAGAAUGCAGAAACACAAGACAAACCUGAAAAUGUGAAGCUUUAUUUAAGCAAGUUGCUGGGGGAGCUGUUUUGUCCAUACAAAUAUGUUGAUUCAGAGCUGAAGAGCAAAAAGGAUCACCUAAAAAUUCUUUUGUUUUUAGUAUCAGAACUUCAAGCUGCACAGAUCCUUACAAGCAAAAGGUCAAAUUGCACAAAGGUUGAAGAACAGAUAUCACCUCUUCAAGAUCUCCAAGCAAUUUGUAAAGUACUAAACCUCCCAGAGCCGGACCACCAGCCGACAACAGACCUAUUUUCAGCAUUAGAAAAUAAUAUCAAGAUUUUGCUUCAGAAAGUUCCAGAGAAGCAUAUUUCAAAACCAGUCUUGAAGCAGGCUCUCAGCAGUGAACAAUGGAGGCAGCUAGAGAAGAUAAACCGCGUUCUCUCUGCAGACUAUGAGUGUCGUCGGCGCAUGUUAAUCAAACGACUGGACGUCACUGUGCAGUCUUUCAGCUGGUCUGACCGAGCCAAGGCAAAAACUGACACGAUGGCCAAGGCCUAUCAGCCAAAAAGACACUCACUGACACUAAAGUCAUCAGUUAGUCUUGCUCACCUACUGGCUGCUCGAGAAGAUGUCUGCAACGUUGUGAAGACGAGCAGUGGAUCCUGCAGAGAGAAAACUACCUGUGCUGUGAACAAAGUCCUGAUGGGAAGGGUUCCUGAUCGGGGUGGAAGGCCGUCUGAGAUUAACCCACCUCCUCCUGAGAUGCCCCCUUGGCAGAAGAGACAGGAUGGCGGAGGAGGAAGAGGUGGAUUUAGGGGAGGUGGAUAUGGAGGUGGAGGACGUGGAGGAGGAGGUAGGGGAGGUGGAUAUGGAGGUGGUGGACGUGGAGGAGGAGGAGGUGGGAGACAUGGAGGAGGAGGAGGAGGAGGUGGGAGACAUGGAGGUAGCGGACACGGUGGAUGGGGCAGAGGAGGCAGUGGUGGAGGACGAGGACAGUGGAGUGGCCGAGGGGGAUACUACCAACACUAACAGUAUUUUUUCUUAUAAGUUGGGUACAGUGUUGGAUUGGACACAUGAUAAAAGCUGUUGGGAUGUAUCACUACAAACCAGAGAACAAUGACUUUUAUUAGUAUUAGUAUUUUUAAAGAACGUCAUACAGGUAAUGUGAUGAAGUUUAGGAUGAUGUGUAAAUCAUGAUCAAAGAGGCACUGCUGAUUCAACCAUGAUAAUGGAAGUGAAAAUAUUUUUCGUUAAAAGACCCAUUUUUUAUGUGAAUCCCCACAUUAAAGUCAGAAGACAGUGGACAUUUACAGUGUAAAAAGUGAAAAAUAGGAAGAUAAAUAUAGCCGUAAUGUAUUUGGUUUCAUUUCUCCUUUUAUGUAACUUCUUUACUUACUAUUAGAUGAUGAUGAUUUAAGUCUGGAAAUCCAGCAUUUUUUUUGUUUUGGAAAUGAAAGAAAUGGCAGUGAAAAAAACUUGAACACUGAAUAAAGCUGCUAUAGUUCAA